CCCUCACUUUGUCCCUCCAUCAUUCCUCACCCGCACCAACACAAGAUGGAGACCAGCACCACCACCCUCGCCGAAUACCUCUUUACGCGUCUUCAUCAGCUCGGCGUCGACUCCAUCUUUGGCCUGCCCGGUGAUUACAACCUGCAGCUGCUGGAUUACGUCGCCCCGUCGCGUCUGCACUGGAUCGGCAACUGCAAUGAGUUGAAUGCGGGGUACGCCGCCGAUGGCUACUCCAGGAUCAAAGGAAUCGGUGCCCUCGUCACAACCUUCGGCGUCGGCGAACUCUCCGCCGUAAACGCAAUCGCUGGUGCCUACGCCGAACGCGCCCCCGUCGUCCACAUCGUUGGCACACCCGUCCGGCAGUCGCAGGAAUCCCGCGCGCGCAUCCACCACACCUUCAACGAUGGCGAGUACGAGCGAUUCGAUCGCAUGCAGGAACACAUUACCGUUGCACAGGCGAUCAUAAAUGACGUUCGCUCCGCCCCCGCCGAAAUUGAUCGCGUCCUCCGGGAAUGCCUCCUCCACAGCCGGCCUGUUAGGAUCGCUAUGCCGCUUGAUAUGGUUUCGCUUCGCGUGCCGAAGAUGUUGCUUGAGUCAAAGAUAGCUAUUCCCCUUGCCGCGCGGCAGCCGAAGGUUGAGGAUAAGGCGUUGAAGGCGGUGUUGGAGAGGAUUUACAAUGCGAAGAAGCCGGUUAUACUGGUGGAUGGGGAAUCGCGGUCGGCGAAGAUUCUGGAUGAGGUGGAUCAUAUCGUGAAAUCGACUGGGUGGCCGACUUUUACGUCGGGAUUCGGGAAGAGUCUGAUUGACGAGACGCUUCCGAAUGUCUAUGGUGUUUUCACUCCGCAGCACAAGGAGGUUUUCGAUUCAGCUGAUCUGGUGUUGUGCUUUGGUCCGCAUUUUAGUAACACGAACACAUAUAUCUUCCAGACCGUCCCGAAGCCAGAGGUCACCGUUUGUUUCAGUGCGACGUCCGUUCACGUCGGUACGGAGAUCCUCCGCGAUCUACCAGCGAACAACUUCCUGCCUCAACUCAUCGGCCACCUUGACCUCGACAAGGUCGCCAAGUAUGAACCCAAACUCACCCACCCCUUCUCCCUCGCCGCACCUGAAGUCUCCAGCACCGAGCUCGUCACACAAGUCGGCGGCUUCUGGCACAAACUCUCCUCUUUCUUCCAGAAGGGCGACAUCAUCCUCGCGGAAACAGGAACAGCCUCUUAUGGAGCGAACGAGUUCCGCCUCCCGCCGAAAACCCGUCUCUUCAAGGCUGUCACCUGGCUCUCCAUCGGAUACAUGCUCCCGGCUACGCUGGGCGCAGCUCUAGCCCAGCGGGACCUGAUCGGCCGAUCCGAGUACCACGAUCUCCUCGAAGCCCGAACAAUCCUCUUCAUUGGCGACGGAAGUUUCCAACUCACUUCUCAAGAACUCGCAACAAUCAUCCACCGAAAGCUCAACGUCAUCAUCUUCCUCAUCAACAACGACGGCUACACGAUCGAGCGGUGCAUCCACGGCCGCGAAGCUGCCUACAACGACAUCACCCCUUGGAGAUACCUCAAGGGACCCGAAUUCUACGGCGCUCCGACAGAAGGCGAGUACGCGGCACAUACGUGGGAGGUGCGGACGUGGGGUGAUUUGGACAAGGCGUUGACGGAUGAGAGGAUGCUCAAGGGCAAGGGCGUGCGUAUGGUCGAGGUGUUUAUGGAGAAGCUGGAUGCGCCGCCGCCGCUGGAUACGGUGCUGGAUAUGCAGAUUCAGCGGGAGAAGGCGGAACAGUGAACGCUGAGGAUACAGGGAUGGUUCUAGAUACAUAUCUUGUAGAUGGGAUACACGCUGCAAUACACUUCCAACUUCUCGCGAGCACAUUCCGCGUUCAUUCG